AUGGGGAAACGAAGGGUCGCCGCCCUCGAGAAGAUCGACGCCGACUUUGCGAGUUUGCAGUACAAGAUUCGACGAGACCCCAAAUCGUACAAGGAUGAUUUCUUGAAGCAAUGGGAGCAGUAUGAGUCCCAGCGUGAGAUCUUUCUCAUGUCCCCCACCGCGGCGACGGCAGACUCGGUAGAGGCCUUCCACAACAUGAUUGACCUCAUCGCCCACGUCGCCGACUGCUACCCCGAAGAGACAACAACGUUUCCCGACGAUCUCAAGACAAUUCUGACGCAGCAUCAUGCUGUGAUACACCCGGAGCUGAGAGAAAAAGUGGUUGGGAGCCUGAUCCUGCUUCGACGCAAAGAUGUCAUCGAUUCCGCCACCGUCCUCACCACGCUCUUCCCCAUUCUGGUCUCUUCACCAAGCAAGACGCUGCGCGAGAUGCUUUUCACCAAGAUUCUCAACGACUUGCGGAACUCAAACUCAAAGGCCAUCAAUCAUCCCCUCAACCGAACUGUUCAAACCGUCCUAUACAACCUCAUCACGGCCGAUAGGGCAUCGCCUCGCGCCAUUUGGGCCAUCAAGCUGACCCGCGAGCUGUGGAAGCGGCAGAUAUGGACGGAUGCGAGACCCGUCGAUGUCAUGAAGGAGGCUUGCCUUGCCGAAAAUGAAAAGGUCAUCGUCGGAGCCGUACGCUUCUUUCUCGGCGGCGACAAGGAGCGAGAGGAGCUCGAGGACGAAAGCAGCGACGAGGAAGUAGAUCUUAGCAAGGUUCGACACCAGAUUGGAAUCAACAAGAAGAGCAAGAAGCAGAAGAAGGCGUACGAAAAGGCGGUCAACAAGGUCAAGCAGCAUGACCGCAAGAAGCAGCAGCCUCACCCCCUCAACUUUUCCGCCCUGCACUUGCUUCACGACCCGCAAGAUUUCGCCGAGAAGCUCUUCACCAAGCAUCUGCAGAACACCAAGACGAAACUAUCGCUCGACACCAAAACCCUCGUCGUUCAGCUCGUCACGAGGCUCGUUGGCCUGCACAAGCUCACCAUUGUUCCGCUAUAUUCUUGGUUCAUCAAGUUCCUCACCCCGCGCCAGCAGUCCGUCACGUCCUUUCUGGCGUCGCUGGCGCAAGGGACCCACAACCUCGUGCCUCCCGACGUGCUGGAGCCGUUGAUCCAAAAGAUUGCCAACGAGUUUGUCUCGGAAGCAUCCGCGUCCGAAGUUGCCGCUGCUGGUCUCAACGCCAUUCGCGAGAUUUGCGCGAGGCAACCGCUUGCCAUGUCCGACACCUUGCUGCAGGAUCUGGUUCAGUACAGAAAGAGCAAGGACAAAGGCGUCAUGAUGGCCGCCAAGGGGCUGCUAUCGUUGUACAGGGAAGUUGGCGCCGAACUUCUCAAGAAGCGGGAUCGAGGCAAGGACGCUUCCAUUGGCCUGCGAUCCGGUCUGCAGCAUCAGACCAAGUUUGGCGAGGAAGAGGCUGGAGGAAUAGAGGGCCUGGAACUGCUCGCCAAGUGGAAGGAAGAUGAGAAAAAACGGAAACGCGUUGAGAAGGGUUUGCCAGAGGAAGCGGGUAGUGGUGAAGAGGACAAGGAUGACGACGAUGGGUCCGAUUCUGACGGCUGGGAGGUCGGCUCCGACGACAGCAGCAUCUCUGGUGAUUGGAUCAACGUCAGCGAUUCGGAGGAUGAGCCGGCCCCCAAGAAGCUGAAGAAGGGCGAGGAGGCGGCCGGGAAGGCGGAUGAUGACAUCGACGGCGAAGCCCAGGCAGCCGAGCUGGAACGCAUGUCCAAGUUGGCGACGACGACGAUUCUCACGCCGGCCGACCUCGCCAAGCUGCAAGAGCUUCGCGCGAGUGCCGCCGUGGAUAAGGCUAUGAAUGGGCAACGUCGCAAGCGGCAGCAUCAGGACGAGAACAGACACACGGACGACGGUCUCACGGCAGAGAAUAUCGAGGCGCCCGCCCGGCUGCGGAAGCUGACCAAGGAGGAAAAGGUAGCCCUAGCCAAGGAGGGCAAGCCGGACCGCGAGGAACACAAGAGCACACAGGCUAUCCGCAAGUCGAAGCUGCAGGCGUCGGGCAAGAGCACGAGCAACAGGGAGAAGCAGCGCAACAAGAACUUUAUGAUGACGCUUGGAAAAGCCAAGAGCAAGCAGAAGAGAAGCCUGGUGGAGACGAGGAAAGUUCUCCGGGGCCAUGUGGACAGGAGUUCGCGCGGUGGACGACGUGGAAAUUGGGGUUAA